AUUUUGUAUCUCCUGAGAGGAUAAUUUGCGUAGAAUAGAAAGGAGUUUGCAAAAGACAUGGCGUUUCAAUCUCCAAUGCCUAGUCAAGAGUUUCUCUGGGACGUUUUUCAAAGGGUGGAUAAGGAUCGCAGCGGUCACAUCUCGGCAGAUGAGCUGCAACAGGCUCUGUCCAAUGGCACGUGGAGUCCCUUCAACCCAGAGACUGUGCGUCUCAUGAUCGGGAUGUUCGAUAAGCAGAACACGGGAACAGUGAACUUUCAGGACUUUGGGGCGCUGUGGAAAUACGUGACAGACUGGCAGAACUGCUUCAGAUCCUUCGACACGGACAACUCAGGGAACAUCGAUAGGAAUGAGUUGAAAACAGCGCUGACGGCUUUCGGUUACCGCCUCUCGGACAACCUUAUCGGCCUCCUGAUCAGGAAAUUCGAUCGCUACGGCCGUGGAACAAUUCUCUUCGAUGACUUCAUCCAGUGCUGCAUAAUUCUAUACACUCUAACAUCGUCUUUCCGCCAAUACGAUACAGACAUGGAUGGCGUGAUCACAAUUCACUACGAGCAGUUCUUAAGCAUGGUGUUCAGUCUGAAGAUUUGAUUCUACGCUCAGGA